CCACUGACUAAUAAGUAUUAUUCAAACCAUUUUAUUCUCAUGAAGUGAUAUAAGCCAAUAAGGAGGAAGGUAAGAAGUUACCAGGUGAGCGUAUUUAAUGAUGAUGGUGAUAACGUGUAAUGUUAAGGUUAUGAUUCUUGUUCUUGAGCAUUUUGCUUUCGCUUAAAAGAGGAACAAGUGUCAGUUUAGAACAACUUGAUUAUCAUCAUCCUUAUCGUGUCCUUCAUCUGAGCGAGUUAAUUCAUCUUCAAAAAGAGAAAAACUUUAGAGGGAAAUGAGAAAAAUGAUGGAAAAAAUGAAGAGUGAGCAGCGUCUUGGGAGCCAAACUGCUCGUAGCUCCUUUUACCAAUUUAUAAGGAAUAUUUGCAGAGGCGUGGACCAGAGGUUCGUGAUGACUGGACUCCUGGGCUUCGGCAUCCUCUGCAACUACAUGCAGAGGGUUUGCUUCUACAUCACCCUCGUCGAAAUGACCAAGCAGUUCUCGGAGGACAAGCAGAACUUCUUCUGGCAGCAGGAGGGCUCCUGGGAGCGCUGCCCGCACAUCUUCUUGGAGGAUGAGGACAAGAAGGAUGGUCAGUUCCGAGAUUGGUCGGACGCCACGCAGGGGCAGCUCAUCGCAAGCUUCUUCGUCGGCCACUUCCUCAGCAGCGUCUUCGGAGGGUUCAUCGCCGACAAGUAUGGCGCCAAGCAGAUAUUUAGCGCUUCCCUGCUGGUCACCAGCGUCUGCUCCUUCCUCACGCCCGUUGCUGCCAUCGAGCUCGGUCCAUACAUGGUCAUGCUGGUCAGGUUUCUCAUGGGAUUUUUCCAGGGCCCCAUGUUCCCGGCUGGCGCAGCCCUCCUCUCCAAGUGGUCCCCUUCACACGAGCGGCCGAUCCACAGCGCAGUCGCUAACUCAGGAGUCCCCAUGGGGUCCUUCUUGGGCAACCUCUUGGCCGGCACCAUCAUCUACACCAACUCUUGGCACUGGGUCUUCUACAUCUACGGCUUCCUGGGAGUCCUGUGCUUCAUCAUCUGGGAGGUGUUCGCCUUCUCCUCUCCGACGACCCACAGGUACAUCAGCGCCGCCGAGAGAACCUACAUCGAGUACAGUAUUCAGUACACUUCCCCUUUCACACACGGAAAAAUUCCUUGGAAACAGAUUUUCCGGUCGAUGAAGUUCAGAGUAAUAGUGUGGGCCAACUUCGGAUUUGAUUGGGGCUUCUACAUCGUGAGCCUCGAACUUCCGUUCUACCUAUUUCAUGUCCUACAUCUUCCCAUCAUGAAGAUCGGAGCCGUCGCGUCACUGCCUUGGAUCUCGAUGUGGAUCGGAGCCGUGGUCUUCGGGAUGGUGUCUCAGUUCCUCAUCAGUGAGGGCAUCAUCCGCAAGAUAGACAUGAGGAAGUCGAUGGCCAUCAUAUCCACCUUGGUCCCUGCCGUGCUUUUGAUCCUCGCCUCCUGGGCCAGCUGCUCUCACGUCGUGGUCUGCCUCCUCUUCGCCCUCACCAUGUUCUACGCGGGAGCGGUCUACAGCGGGCUUCGGCUCAGCGUGAUGGAUUUGGCGCCCAACUUCAGCGGACUGCUCAUGUCGAUCGUGAACGCUUCGGGCAGCCUGGCUGGGAUCGCGGUGCCCUUGAUUGUGCACUCUAUCAUAGAUGAUGGAGGGACCAUAUUUGAGUGGCGUAUGUUCUUCUGGAUCGCAACCGCUUUCAUGUUCGCCUCCUCCAUACCUUACAUCAUGUUCGCCACCACCGCGAUUCAGGACUGGAACAAAGGUUUGGAUCCACAGGAAGUGGAAGAAGUGUUCCCUCGGCGAACUAUAUCACCGUUUAAGGAGAAAUCGGAGGAAAAUGUGACCGAGGAACAGACACAGUAAUUGUGGAAUAUCUCAACGUAAAUGGAAUAUCGUUGCUUUUUUAUGUUUUAAGAAAACAACAAAAAAUAGUAAAAAUAAUUAUUUCUCAUGAUA